AAUGAAUUACUAUAUAGAAAGCUAAUUAUAAAAGAUGAGUUAACUUCUAGAAUAAAAGCAAUCUGAGAUCAAUAAAUUGAAGGCCUAAGUCGAAAAAUAUUAAAACUAUGAUUAGUAAAUAAUACAUUUUAUUUCAGAUAAUUAGAAGAAUUAAACUAAUACAUCAUGUAGUUAAAUUACUAAUUUUAAUAACAAGAAUAGACUCAUAAAGAUUAGAUUUAUUUUAUGUAAAGGGAAUUGGCAUUUGCCUAAGAUGAAAUCAAAAAUUUGCAAGUAUUCAUUUUCAUGUUUUUAUUAGAGAACAAGGGGUUAAAAUGAAUAACAAUAAAUAGCAUCAUUACUUAAGGAAUUAUCUGAAAUUAAAUAAGAAAAUAAUUAACUAAAAGUAGAAUUAUCAAAGUAAUAAUAAAAACCAAGAACGAAUUCUAUUCAAGAAAACAGUAUUAAUGAUGUUAAAGUAUUAUUAUAGAAUUAAUAUAUAGAGACUCUCUCCUCAUAUGAGAGUACAUAAUUGUAGCUUUACUAGUCCCUCAUAAAAUCUUGUAAAAGAAAGAAGAGUUCCUUCACUUCCUGAUGUUAACUCAAAUCGAUUAUCUAUUAAUAAGACUUCUUUUCAUAAUUUAUCAUAAAAUCAAACAUAUUCUAAGAAACCUCCACUUCAAUAGAUACAUAAUAUCAGUCCUAAUAAGUAAUUAUUAAUUGUUCGUCAAUGA